CUGAUUCCCCGCUCACCUGUUUGAAGUUGAGGCGCGUCGAACGCACAUGAACGCGUGUGUCGCACAGGCCAGGUAAACGCACACAGUCUCCAGUGUUCUCGGCUGCUGUUCAGGUGUUGUUAUGGUGGCGAUAAGAUAUCUAGGCCACAGCUUCUGCCGGCUGGCCCGAGGAGCGUCUUCACAGAUCAAGUUCGCCAGGAGUCGCGUGCGGCGGGAGAUGCGCUCGAGCGACGAUCAGACCCAGGCGGUUUCUGAUGGUGAGCUGAACCUCAAGCUAUCCAGCCGUGGCAGCAGCUCCAGCCUAUCAGAGAGCUCGAGCGGGUCAGGUGGUCCGGCCAGUCGCGUGGUCAGCUGGGCCGUGUGUUUCGAGCGGCUGCUUGAAGACCAUGUCGGUGUGCGAUACUUCACUGCGUUUCUCAGAUCAGAAGUGAGUGCUGAGAAUAUCCUGUUCUACCAAGCCUGUGAAAAGUACAAGAAAAUCCCGUCUACGAGACUGGAAGAGCUGAAGAGAGAAGCACGCUCCAUCUACGACAGUUUUCUGUCUGAAAGCUCUCUGCAUGCGGUUAAUAUCGACGAUACGGCGCAGGUGGAAGUGAGCGCUUUGGAGACGCCGACACCAGACAUGUUCGAUAAAGCACAGGAACAGAUCUUCAAACUAAUGAAAAUGGACAGCUACACGAGGUUUGUUCGCUCUCCGCUGUACCAGACCUGCAUGCUGGCCUGUGUGGAGGGUCGUCCUCUCCCCAGCGUUGGGACCCCGGAGCCCAAAAGCAAGAUGUCCAAAAAGAGCGCAACGCCUCCCAGUUACAGAAAGAGCGUUGAAUUGAAAGUGCCCUCGUCAGACAGCAAGACCAACAGGAAGAAGAGGUUAGAGAAGAGAGGCUCAUGGGGAGCCGACCAGUCGUACCAGCACGUGUCGGUGUCUCGUAAUGAGUCUCAGAUCUCGGUGAAGUCCAACAGCAGCUUGGAGUUGGUCUCUGGAUUCAGCCGAGCUGAGAAUGGGCGCUGCAGUGUGGCCGUCUCUGACCCAGAGGCCUUGAGUUCUGGUUCUCCUACAGCUGAUAAGUACUGUUGUGUGUAUCUGCCGGACGGGACGGCCAGCUUGGCCCCUGCCAGACCGGGCCUGACCCUCAGAGACAUGCUCAGCAGCCUGUGUGAGAAGAGAGGCUUUCCCCUGAAAGACGUGCUCAUUUACCUGCACGGCAAAGACAAGCCUCUUUCUCUGGACCAGGACAGCUCGGUGUGUGGAGAUCAACAGCUCACGCUGGAACUCAAAGUUACUUUUGUGCUGGAGAUUGUGUUUUUAGGAAGAACGAUUGGCAUCAUUGCGAAGUCCAGCAAGACGUUGGGCGACGCGGUUUCGCCCGUCCUCCAGAAACACGAGCUGAGACCUCAGGAUGUGCAGAUCACGCUGAGUGGCUCAAAUGAACCUCUAAGUCUGAGCACCAAUGUGUUUCGUCUAGCCAGCAAAACCAUGCGUCUGGACAGAGUUAAAGUUGGUUUGGAGACUCAAGCCUCUUCAUCAUCCAAAGCAAACCACAGACCCAGAAAACACCAGGAGAUGGACGUUCUGGUGGAGCUGCUGUCCCGUGCCCAGUGCAGUCGAGUGGACGACCAGCGAGGCUUACUCACGAAAGAGCACCUGGAGCUGCCGCAGUUCCUUCAGCUGCCAGCAGGGGACGGACAGCAACACGCACAAGAUGAAGACUGCGCCCUUUGACCUUUGACCCUGAGGACAUGUCCCGUGACCUUGAGCACUAUACAAGCAUCUAACAGACUCAAAGCAGUUAGUUGUGUGGAGGAGGGAAACUGUGUGUGUGUGUGUGUGAGAUUUCUUAACCUGAGAGUGAAUGAUUUGUGUAUAUUUUGUACAUCACAGACACUGAUCGAAUAUAGAGCUCUUAAAAACGCUGCCCAUCGAAGAAUGCAGAAUUAUGGGAAGAUGCCUUUAAAAAAAGAUCAUACUACAUAAAUGUGUAUUUAUUUUCAUAUCGGAUUGUAUUGUCCAAUAACAAGUGUGCUCUUUUUCUAUUUCUAAGAGCAUAUUUGUUAUGGGAAGUCUUACACAGAGUUGUUCACAGUGAGUUGUAGUGUCUGAUUAAAGCGGUUUUGUGUGAGCUGCUGUGGGGAAGUUGCACUGUUUGACUUGUUUUGCACUUUUUUUUUUUUGCUUUGUGUGGUGAAACAAUCUGAUAUGAAAUAAGGCACGCAAAGUCAUUUUCAGAAUAGUUUAAAAAAUGUGCCGUUCCAAAACUGUAUUCAAGCUUAUUUAUCAAGUUACUGUUAGUGUGUUAUUUGGUUAGUGCCUCUCUCUUCUGUAAAAUAAAAGCAGAUGUUGUACAAAA